CAGUUAAUGACCUUUCUUUGCUUGUGACCGGCCUUGCUGGAAGUGGACAAUAGAGGGCCGGGUAACACCGUGACUUGAGGAAAAUCAUUUUUGUAUUUUUGGGCAAAGAAUAUUUUGAUCAUGGAUUUUACUUACCCAAUACAAGAAUCUGCAGAAGGAAGACAGCAUAGAUUUUCUCCUUAUGCAAUGAAUGGAGGGACGGUGCUGGCCAUUGCUGGUGAAGACUUCGCAAUAGUGGCAUCAGACACCAGGCUUAGUGAGGGAUUCUCCAUUCACAGUAGGAAUCAACCAAAAACAUACAAACUAACUGAUACCACUGUCCUAGGAUGUGCUGGUUUCCAUGGCGAUUGCCUCACCUUAAACAAAGUUUUAGCUUCAAGGUUAAAGUCUUAUGAGUAUACCCAUCACACCAAGAUGAGUUGCAGUGCUGUAGCUGCCAUGUUGUCCACAAUCCUUUACUAUCGUCGAUUUUUCCCAUAUUAUGUCUACAAUAUCCUUGCUGGAAUUGAUGAUGAAGGUAAAGGCUGUGUAUACAGUUUUGAUCCUAUUGGUUCUUAUGAGAGAGAGACUUUCAGGGCAGGGGGCUCAGCCAGUUCUAUGCUCCAACCAUUAUUGGAUAAUCAGAUUGGAUUCAAGAACCAGGAAGGAGCUGAUCAUGUACCCCUUAGUAAAGAAAAAGCCAUCGCACUAGUCAAAGAUGUCUUUAUCUCAGCAGCUGAAAGGGACAUAUAUACUGGUGAUGGAAUCAUCAUCAAUGUCAUCGAUAAAGAUGGAGCCAAGGAGGAGAGGUUCCCACUCCGACGGGAUUGAGAUUUACCUUAUUCUUCACUGAACUAUCUAUAUGUACUGUGUGCAACAGUGUUAACAAAACUUUCUUAUUUUUUGUAAUGUUUCAAUAACAAUAAAGCUGCUCUGCCCUAUGUGUAGACAAAAUAUGUGUGGUAAAAUAAAAUCUUGUUUCCAGUGUUUUUCAAAAGGUCACUAUGUCUUGAAUAUAGUAAUACAUACACACAUUUUGUUUUCUAUGCCAGUCUAGUAGAUUCUUGACUUGAUAUAUGCACAAACCUUCUGCGAUGUUUAUUGCUUCUUAAAAUCUUUCAUUGAAUACUUCUUUAUCAUUGUUUUUUUUUAGUAGUGUUUUCGCAUACCCACUACAAAUGUCCCUUUAAAUCUGACAUCAUCAGAGUUUGUCAUGCUUGAUCAUUAGUUUGCCUCAUUUUUAUGCAGAAGGCUAUUUUAGACUACAAUAACAUAAAAAAUCAUAUUAUUAGCAUUAUAAAAUAAUACAAGUUUUAAAAUAAACUAAUAAGAAUAUUACUGGAAAAAUAUUGGUGUAGGCUGAAACUGGAAUAUUGUCUUGUCAAGUUGUCAUAUCUAUAUCAGUAAAUACAAUUUGGUAGUCUGAUUAUGACAUGGCUUAUUAUUUCUAUUUGUCCAAAAAAAAAAAAAAAAAAAACCUUGGCAGUGGCUUAUUUAUGGAACAAGCAUUGCAUUUCACAAUAUAUUUCUGUCAAUAAUUUUUAAUAAAAAUAUUGUUUUUAUUGUCUUUAACACGAAUUGGAAUAAAAUUAUCUGUUGAAAUAUUA